UUUAUUCCCAUGUUCCGUGCCAACCAAUCACCGGCUAAUGGCAGAAAGUCGUCUCUUAGGACGAUCUGCGUAACUCUCGUAGGCGUCUCCUUACUCAGCUUUGGAGCUCUCAUUCUCCAGCCCUUGAGCCAUCUGGACAAGCAGGAUGCGCCUACAUAUUCUCCUACCUUCAGCUCGCCGUCAUAUGUACAAGGCCCACCCACCCAACGCUUUCGAGAUAACCUUCGUAACGACACGAAGUACAUUACAUCGUGGACUUCAUCGGGAUGGACGAAUGACGUGAUUACCUAUGGAAAUUUGAUUUACCUGGCACUCAUAACAGAACGCAUACCCAUAAUCCCGAAGUUCCUCUCUUCUCAUAUCGACAAAAGUGAACCUCCAUUUCCUUUUGGGGAAGUGAUUGACGUCCCUCGACUUAGCCAAGCCAUAGGGAUUCCCUUACUUGAAUGGCACGAAGUAAAGGACUCGGAAAGUCAGGUUCUCGAUGAUCUUGGUUGUUGGAGUGUUUGGGAAACCGUUCGAAAGAAUAAGGGGGAUCCCUAUCCACGGGGAAGUCCCACCCUGAGCCGGCUCAAGCUCGAUAUCUCGUGGACGCGAACCCCAGAUUGGAUCAAGCUGACACCUCCUGGCAUAGAAGACGAUCAUGCGUCCUUUUGGUCCCUUGCAACACUUGGGUUUCCGGAAGCUCGCUCGAACAACCUGCAAUCGACGAAUCAUCCUUCUCCUCAGCAUCAGGUCUCCCUUCCCCCGGACGAUCAGGUACUAUGCUUUGAUUACCUUUACUACGUAGGCGCCCAUCAUACAUGGGAAUGGGAAUUGGAUUAUUCUCCUGCAUGGAGAUUUGUAGGCCAACACAUGCGAUGGACUGCAAGCAUAGAGAGGCUUGCCGAUGCGCACGCCCGGCGCGCCAUGAAAGUGCCAGUAGAUGAACCAACACCUCCCUAUAUAUCCAUACACAUACGGCAUGGUGACUUCGGCGAUCAAUGUCAUGAUAUUCCUUUGGAUCAGUGCUUUGCCUCAUUGUCUGUUAUUGCGCGCAGGGUGUCCGAAGCGCAAGAGGACCUUCGCACACGAAAAGGGAUCGAGGUUACACAGGUUAUCAUGACGAGUGACGAGAGUGACCCGGAAUGGUGGUCAAAGGUUAGGGCGUUAGGCUGGACGUGGGUAGAUUAUGCGACAGAGCGGACGGAGGAGAUCUACGGAAAGUGGUAUCCGGUGUUCAUCGACGCUGUCAUUCAGUCGAAUGGAGCCGGCUUCGUCGGCACUCGUGGCUCCACAAUGUCCGUCCUAGCUAGCCGCAGAGUGCAGUCAUGGCAUGACGGACCAACUCGAAUCGUUAAAUGGGGGUCCCCGGGCGCUGAUGACCACUGAUGUAAUUGGAAUAGUGGAAUCGAGAUGACCUUGCAUCGCAAAAAUCAUUGGUUGAAAUGACGUUGUAUUCUUGUGAAUCCACAGGCCGAGGCAAUAAGAGCUCGUUGCUCUUCUCCGUGUAUCGUACUGGGACUGAGGUUCAGUAUCCCGUCACGCAUCUCGUUCAUCUGCUCCCCGAGUAUUGGUUUCUCCUCUUCAUCGGAACACAGGA